AGUCAGUGAGUGUAUAGGUUCGGCCAUGCUCCGACGCCUGGGGAACGUGGCUAGGACUGCUGGCGGCAACCGUACUAGCAGACAGCGGCGGCGGCACAGCGGCGGCGGCAGCGUCCGCGGCAGUGUCGGCGGCAGCAGCAGCGGCGGCGGAGGCGAAGGCGGCGAAGGCGGUGGCAGCAGCAGCAGAGCAAUCGUCAGUGCAAUAGCUGCAGCUGCGCACCGUCGUGGCCUCGACCUCGCUGUCGGUCUGACAUUACAGGACUACAAUGCUCUGGUGGGCCCGGCGAUGGCGCUGCCGGAGCUGUCGCGCAGCAGCACGCUCGCGGUCCUCGUGGGAUCGACCCGUGACAUCUGGACGCCCUUUCUCCGGGCGCUGCGACAGUCGCCCACCCGCGGCCACCUCGCACGAGAGGAGGAACACGGAGGCGAACGCAGAGAGUGGUGUGCUCAGAGAGAAGGGAGUGCCGGACUGCUCUGCGGAGGAGCGCACAAAGAGGCAGCGCCUACGGCCUCCGUCCCGACACUCGCCCCCGUGCGACAGGCCCUCUCAACGCGUAUGUCGUCCGGGCGACGGAGGAGCUUGCUGCCGAGGCGGUGCCCCGCGGGCUCGGGGUCUCGCUGCACUUUGCCCAUGAGACCGCGCCGGGUCGGCUUGUUGCGAUGCAGCGCCUCGCCCACCUCUCUGGCGCAGCGUACUUUCACGCGGGGUGCGGCCUCAACGUGCACCCAACCUUCGGUCCAUGGCACGCCUACCGUUCGCUCGUGGUUGUGGCUGCCGACGGCGUGGAGACCGCGGGGCCGCCUCCCAAUCCGAGCAGCAGCGAGGCGGUCGCAGCAGCUGAGGCGGCUCUCCAGACCGCCCUUGCCGCGACGAUCGACCCCACGGCGACCAACACACGCGAGGAGCUCGUUGGCCGGUACCGGGAGGCGUGGCGGCUGUGGCAGCGCGUGAGACAGUGUGUGAGCACGCCCGAGUACGACGCGUGGAAGUACCCCGAUGCGUUCGACGAGUACCACUUCAGCCACAGCCCGGCGCUGCUGAAGCGGCUGGUUGGGUAGCGGACGCGGGUCGACGCCGGCAGGCGGCACCGCCCUGCCACCGCCGAUCGGCGUGUGUAGGAAUCCUGCACUGACUUGUGACUAUUGUGUCUGUCAGUGAAAUCAGUACUCUAUGUGUCUGAGUGCGCGCGCAGUGUCGAGUGUGGGGGUAAGGGGCUGUGGCACAUACUUGUGCACAGCCACACGUGCUC